AUGAUUGGGGGUGAGAGAAGGAAAAGACGGAAUAGAUUGAAGUAUCAACUUACGGUUGCCUCUCAUAUUGGGAGAUGUCCCUACGUUGUGAGGAGGCGAGACCCUCUUAUUGUUGGAAGACGACGUCUUGAUGCAACUGUUAGGAGAUGGAGUUUGGAGAAAAUUGGGCAUUUUAUCUUCAAGAAGGGUUUCGACCUUUCACGAACCAAAACAAAAACAGAAAUUAAACGAAGUUUUUUGCUGUUCAAAAUAGAUCAAUUUGUUACGCUCCUUGUUCAACUAGACGCAAGAUCUCGGAUUUUUCCCUGUGGUGGUGCCGGCAGCGUGCCUGUGGUGGUGCUGGCUGCCGGGAAGGAGAGUGUCCUGGAGUGGGGGACAAUGAACAGUAGUGACGUUAAAGAAGUAACGGCAGCUCCGACUGGUCCACCGCAGCCGCUCGAGUAA